AUGCCUGCACCUGCUAGGACUCGUAUCCCAAGGACUACCGCGAAGCCGAAGACAGAAACUGCAAAUGACCUCGCCACAGCACUCUCUACGAAGCUGACCAUCUCAAAUGCCAAGAGGAAGGGGAAGGCGUCCCUGUCUGCGGUCGAGGUUAACGCAGACACUAUUGCUACUGAACUUGCGACAAAGCUCAUUAUCUCGAAACCGAAGGGGAGAGCCAAGGCGUCGCUGCUCUCAGUGGAAGACCGUCGCACGAAUGCCAUGCGUGCUGUCAAUGCAGCGUCCAGAAAUCUCUCCACCAUCAUUGACUCUGGAUGGAAAGCGAAGCAGAAGGGUCGUUCGGAAUCUAGUGUGGCCGGCUACGCUUCUGCAGCGAAGAAGGGUCUGGAAACUCUCAGAGAGCUGAGCCCUAGGGAGGUGGACAUCGAACGAGCAGCAUCGGCUGUGGUGGGUAAGCUCGUCUCCCUCGAGAUGUAUGACACCGCCAUUUCUAUCCUGGCCGACAUGCGUAAUGCUCUAAUCGCGCUAUACUACGCGGACUACCAAUUAUCAAGCAAACCUCUGCAAUUUUGCGCUGUUUACCUCCCUCUUGUGGAAACUGAGAUUCCUGAACUAAUACUAACCCUCAUCUCGACGUAUCUUCUUCAUUCCAUCGCCGUCUAUUGUCAACCCAAGUUCGAUCUCGCCGCGUUAGCGGAUGUGCUCGACUCCAGUCCUACAUUACUCGCUUGGACCACCCAGCUAACGCGUCUGCCCGAGAAGCAGCACGACUCAGUGCUUACUCGUUCAUACACAGCGAUCGCGACCUGUGCGUCAUCACCAGGAAUCGCUCCUCGGACGGCGUAUCGUUUACGCACUUAUGCGCUGCUAUGCCUUGCGCACACUCGCCCCUCUAUCAUUGUUUCGAAUACAUUUUGGGAUCAGGCGGUCAAAUUCGCUGCGGCACUCGUUGCGGGAGAACGAGGCGGAGAAGAAGAUAGUCAGUGUGAAGUGGCAGAACAUGUGCUACAAAGCUAUGAACGCGUGGUCGCCGCUGUGCAAGGUCGCCCUGACAAGACCACAUUCAUGAGCGGCACAGGCUUUGUCGCGUUCUGCGAAUACUGGAUUGCUUGUGCCAAGGAGGCUGGCGAUAUGAAGGCGUUGGAUAGAAUCAAUGGAAUGAUCGGUGGGAGCGAACCUGCUCAAGCGGGACGCGAGAAGUUCAUAGUCGAUGGCACGAAGAUAUGUGCGACGCUUGCACAGGCUCUCACCGUCUUCGACAAAUGGGACGAUUGCGCCAGCGAUCGUGCUUCACGCUUGCAUGAUACAGAAACGGCUAUCACACGAUGCGGACUGUUCCUGAGCAAGAGGAACGACACGGACGAGAAGCGCACCGCCGAUAAGGUGAGGCGUGCUCUGGAACGCUUGCGGCGGUCCGCUAUCAAGGUCCUCGAAUCUUCGUCUCCUACUGAGGUGCAGAAUUCGGCGAAAUCUGUGCUGGAGAAUAUCAUUGGUGUCCUUGCAGAGGCUGUCCACGAGACGCACACGCUCAGUACUGACACGGUCACGCCGGCUCUGGACACGCUCUUUGUGCUCGCCCGGACAUCUAUGUGUGUUUCGAAUCCCGACACAUACGCGUAUGCUUUUGGAUGCCUUGCUCGUGCAUCGAUGCUGGUCUCUGGUUUGAGCAACAACGCGUCCUCUGCGGACGCGAUGGGGUCGUGCGCUAACUAUGUACGAUGCGUGUCUGGCGCGUUCCACCAUCUUGCAGGGGUGUUGUAUCAGGCAAGUCGGUAUUCACACACCGUGCGCUUCCUGAACGAAGGAUGCGUGCUGGGCAGCCGCGCUCUGGAGAUGUACCGCGAGGCAAGACGCGGUGGGUCUGAUGCAAGGAAGCAGGAGGACGCGUGGACGCAGCUUGAAGACCAAUUGUAUAGGCGGUGGGAGCUUUUAGGAGUUUGUCAAGCGAAGACGGGUGAUCGAAAGCUCGCGUUUGACGCUUUUGUGAUGAGUAUUAAAACCUUCCCCUUUUCUCAGCCGUCUUUUGUUCAAGCUGUUCGCACCACUCCUAGCGGCGUGUUCGACACUUCAUCGUCACUCAAGCAGAUCGCUAGUGUCCUGGAUCGUGCGACGUACAUGGGCGCGUGUGAUCUGUUCCUCGAGCCCGAUAAGCUCAGCACGAAAGUGUGGCUAGCAGAGACCGCGCUCUCCGGCGGCGAAGGCGCUCAGACGUGGAACUGUGUCAUCGGGACACUGCUGGAGAGACAGAUAGAAAGCCUUGAGAGCAGCCGGUGGAAGGCCGGGGUGCGUGCGAUGAUUGAUGUUCUGCUGCGCCAUGCGCUCGAAGUGUACUCGCCAACAGAAAGACCCGUACGGAGGGCACGCGUGCUACUUAAGUGUCUGGAACAUGCUUACUAUGCUCCUGCUGAAGGUAGCGCAUCAAUAGCGGGAUUGUCUCCGACCGAGAUCGCUGCGGAAGCGCUUGAGCUGCUUUCACGCGAGGACCCUAGUAGUGACAGUGGCUUAGUCCAAUAUCGCACACAGUAUCUCGCAACGACCCACCUUUACAUGGCUUUGCACACUCAUCGUAUAGCGGGGGAGAACCACGCUCACGUCGUUGUAACAAAUGCGGAGCAGGCAUGGCAAGUACUAAAGAAGAUGAUAUCGAACGUCCCUCGUCAAUCGCUUGCCAAGAUUCAGUCACCUCGAGUAAUCGCCGCUCCCAAGAAGAAACCUGCUGCAAGAGCCGGUGCUAGCACACGAGGUGGGCCAACAAGGACGAGAAUCGCCAAGGCUUCGGCGAGACACAAUCCGCCAGUGACGCCCAAGCCUCGUCAUGCCUUGAAUGAUCAUCCCGUCAACACAGCUCUUGUCACACCUCCAAAGCCAGCAGUGAAUCACCACAAAUCGGCAGCCGUAUUUGAUGACUUCCCCAAGUUCUUCAGUCUACUCGUAACGACAUCGCACUUGGUUGGCUUACUGGGGCAUGUCCUGGUCAAGAUCCAGUUACUCAACACUGCUCGGAGGUUGAGUGAGCAACACAAAGGAGCGACGUCAGAUGAAUUCAUCAUGGCAUCCCUGGAGCUUGCCCACGAAUACGUCAAGCUGGGAAGGGCGCGGAAAGCAGCAAGCGUUUAUAACCAAGCGCUUGCAUCUGUUCGCAGUGGAGAGGCGUCGCCAGAAGUGCGAGUGAUGUUCCUGUUGCGAUACGCUGAAGCCCUUGCUGCCGCAGGGAACGUGCUGAAGAGUGCGAGUGCCUACUGCGAAGCCUUGGCACUGUCUGAAGACCUGGCGGUAGACGAGAAGGGGAUGUCUACUGCACAACGAGUGCGACUACGUGUUGCAGUCUUAGAACGGGCAGCUGUCGCAGCAUCUAUCUUCUCUGUGAUGCAGUAUUCACGGGACGAUGCAAACACGUCUCUCGAUGGUCUUUUGCAGUCGCUGAGACUCUGGAAUCGUGCCAUUGACACGAUGGCACGAUUGCAUCCUACCCCUCCGUCAAAGUCUACCACAGAACCGUCCAACCCGUUUGAGGUUGCCGAACCCUCACGGUCUUCCGAACAGGUCGCACCGAGAAGGUCAUUCCAGCAAAGGUCUUCUAUGGAUGCCGUUGAAUGGCGUAUCGCCGAUGGACUGAUGGACACAUUGCUGUCCUUGGCCCAGGGCUACUUCACGCGUGGAUCCCCAAGGGAGGCACAGUAUUUCGCAGAACAAGCGUAUGAUCUUGCGAACUCUCUGAAAGCGCCCGCGAUGAUCAGUCGGGCAUUGGCGCGCAAGGGAGAGAUCUUACUACAUCUCGGACAGCUGGAGGAGGCGCACAGUGCCCUCAUCCAAGCAGCCGAUUUGGUUACGGACGUCGCUGGUACUGAUGCUGCAGAUGUCCAUCGUUUGCGCGGUCAUUACAAUCAGCUGAACGCACAUCACCAGGAUGCUCAAGAGCUCUACGAACGGUCACUCGCGAUGCUCGAUGAGUUGGGGAAGUUGUUCUCGGCUUAUGAUGGUGUCAUGAGUGGUGCAAGGAAGUCUCUUGGCGUCUCGCCCAGGUCGCCAAGAAAUCAGUCCGGUCAAGAUGCGCUAGCACCUGCCCUACUUGCAGUAAUUCUGCGGCAACAGAUUGGUCUCUUGCAUGACACUGGCUCAGAGUACAAGACCUUGCUUGAGCGAUUUGCGUCUCUUCCCCCGACGACAGAGACAAAGGCGGAGCAUAGUGCGCUCAUGGCGAAACUGACCCUCGACGAUGUGUACUCUCGAUUCCGUGCCGAUAUGUUCCUCAGCUCCCUGGCCGAGUCCGCAAUCACUAUACCUAUGGGGAUGUCGACCCACCGUGCAAUUACGCUGACACCGGCGACGCAGGACAUCCUCGGCACGCUCACUACGGCUGAGAAGAUGUUCUGGUCGGAUCUCGUUUCCAUCUCGCAUCGUGGGAACGUACCGCACGUCCGGAGCGCGGCGAUAUCGCUGGCGUUGAUCAGGACUCUGCAGACGUCUCUUGGAAAGGGAGGAACCGAUGCGGCGGUCCUUGCUGCACGUCUCAUCGAUGCCUCGACCUCAAUCACAUUGCAUCGAGAAAUGCUGGAGGCCGUUCAACACAAGUUCCGAGAUCCACUAUCGUUCGACGACCUUCGCUGGCCGGUAGUUACCCCCAAUGGUUCACCGUUGCCACCACCUGUCCAAGUCCGCGUACGACGACACCGAGGUUCCCUAUCAUUCGACGACUCAGACGAAGAGCCUGACGGCUCAACAGACGAGUCUUCUCUCCAAGAUUAUUGGAAAGAAGUGCAGAAGAAAUAUCAAUCCGCGAUAUUCGAUGCUCCGAGCAUGUCGGCGCCCCGAGUGCGCCUCCUCCCGGCCAACUGGACCGUCGUGAACAUCACCGUCACAGAGGACAAGAGUACGAUGUUUGUCACGCGCCAGAGGGCGAGCCAGAGCCCGCUCAUCUUCUGCCUGCCGCUGAAGGGGCGACGGGAGAACCAGGAUGACGAGCACCUGGCAUUUGACGAUGCCAUCGGCGAGCUUAAGGAGAUCAUCCGGCUCAGUGACGAAGGUACUAAGGGAGCUGCGAACAUCAAGAAAGACGACAAGAGCGCACGUGCCGCUUGGUGGGCGGACCGGACCGCGCUGGACAAGCGUUUGCAGGAGCUGCUCGACAACAUCGAGUUCUGUUGGCUGGGGGCGUUCAAGACUAUCCUCAGCCAGUCGAUGAACAUGACGCCCGACGACAUCGCGACGCUUCGUACGCGUCUAGACAAGGUCUUCGAGCGGAGCCUCGUGCUGCAGGACAAGAAGCAGAAGACGCGCGUUCGCCUCGACGAUGCGCUCACAGAGUGCUUUGCCGAGCUCCCGCCGCACUGCCGCGACGAAGAGCUCGAGGACCUCGUGUACUUCGUGCUCGACCUCUACCAAUUCCACGGCGUUCCCGUUGCGAUCGCCGAGGUCGACGUCGACCAGGUGUGCGUCGACCUCCGGAGCGCGCUCGAGGAGCAGGUGGCGCGGUUGCGGAGCCGCGGUCCGGCCGGUGCCACGGGGCACAACGAUGCACACACGUUCCUGGUGCUCGACAAGAACGUCCAGGGCAUCCCGUGGGAGUCGCUCCCGGUGUUGCGGGGAAAGAGCGUGAGCCGUAUCCCGAGCAUGGAGUUCUUGCUCGACCGCACCGAGCUGGCGCGGCGGCAGACGAGUCCCGAGGCGUGGAAGGGCGACGAGGCGAAGGUCGAUCGGGCGGUUGUGGACCCCCGAAAGACCUACUACGUCCUCAACCCAAGUGGAGAUUUGAAGAACACGGAAGCGCGUUUUUCGCCCUGGCUCAGGGGCAUGAAGGCCGUGGGCUGGAAUGGAGUCGUCGGUCGCGCUCCCAGCGAGCAGCAGCUGGUGGAUGCGUUGACGAGAAACGACUUGGUGAUCUAUUUCGGACAUGGUGGCGCUGAGCAGUACGUCCGCUCACACAAGAUACGGCACCUGCCGCGCUGUGCUGCGACGAUGCUCUGGGGAUGCUCCUCCGGCGCGCUCAAGGAGAUGGGCGACUUUGAUCGCGUCGGCACGCCCUACAACUAUAUGCUUGCCGGCUGCCCGACCCUCGUCGCGAACCUCUGGGACGUGACCGACAGGGACAUCGACAAGUUCUCGCAGGCGGUAUUCGAUAGCCUGCGGUUGAUCCCUUCUGAAGUGAACCGCUGGCGGCCAAACGAGACUGUAGACGCGGGCAGUGCGCGUGACGGCGUCUCCGCGGUGACCGCCGUGGCCAAAGCCAGAGAGUGCUGCAAGCUGAAGUACCUCACGGGUGCGGCGCCUGUUGUCUACGGGAUUCCAUUCUACCUUUGA